GAGGCUAAUUCCUUUCCACUACCAGGCUGCACGACCUAUAUGAUAUUCUAAUCAGAAUAUUUUGAGCCUACGACAAGUCAUCCAUUUAGCAGGAGCAGGAUUAGGACCGUCUUGUUUCGGACGAGAAGGUGUUACCUUACGCCAUCGAAAAAUCUGAUCUGACGGCUUGAGACUUCACGGAGGGCAUUGCAGCUGGAAUCCUAGAUUAGGUGCUGUGACUUCUGCAAGCUGAUCGUGUUGCUGCAUGGUAGCAAGGAGGGACGUGAUGUCCAUGGCUCAUGCGUUGGUAUACAGCGCCUCGCAGCGGGGGUGAAGGUGUGAUGUGACUGACGGGUGUGUGAUGGUCAGCCAUACGGCUUGGGGUGUCGGCGACUUCAAACUCCGUCAAAGCACCGCCACCUGUACUCAGACUUGUCGGCCAUUUCAGAGACAUCCUCCUACGAGUCUGAAUCCUACCACUAGAGUAUACCUCGACACGCCUGGCCCCAUGUCGUGGCAGCCAGGACAAUCAAGGUCACAGGAUCUUUCUGUGGCACCCCUACCGCUCACACAGACACAACGUGAUGAAUUUGAUCAAGUUAUACUCGGCGCAAUUCACCCUGAUGAUCUGCGCAUAAUGCAAGACUCUGAGGCCGCAGACACGGGCUUGGAUCGAGUGUUCUCUACGUUUCUCGCUACCACUUAUGUCCAUACCAUCAAUUUCUUCAAUCGCCACAAGUUGGAAAAUGUGCUUGACCACACAAAGUUCAUGCCCGCGUCUUUAGAACAACAUCCUCAACUAAGCAAGGUGAUCCACGACGCCUGCCGGACAGGCCUUUACUCCCGCAUUCUUGACCUAAAAAUAAUGCAAAUGUCCGACACUAGCUCCCCUACGCGGCCCGAGUUGGCUCAAGGCAAAGACGAGUUUGAAUUCCUUUACAAUUCAUUCGUCAGACCUUACAUUGGGGAGGCGGUAGACGGCUUUUAUGAGUACCUAAAAAAAAACGACAAGAAGUUCAAGGGAAGUGGCCUCAGGAGGCCUUAUUACGCUAAAUUCUGUUCCAUUGUGCAGAGCUCUGGCACAGGGAAAUCGAGAUUAAUGACUGAGGUUGGCAUUUUAAAGUGCAUACAUGUCUCAGAUGGCUAAAAGUAUCCAAUUAGCUCCGGAACAAAGGCGUUCUUGUUUUGUACAUGAACCUGCGUGAAUCAAGUGAUCAUACAGGCUUCCCUAAGCGAGACCUAGUGCCUGCGCGUAUAUUGGUAGAUUAUACAACGGACUGCACUCAAGCCGAAUAUACCGCUCGUUGUUGCGCCUUCUUCGCGGCCAUAUUCCAGGCGCUCCAGCAGGAUCUGAGCAGCAAGCUACCUUCACUGCGCUCUAGCAGUACUGAUGCUGUGGUAAAGGAAUGGAACGACAAAAUGUGCGACAUGCGCUCGGCAGCUCGUACUGAGUUCUUUGAGAUAGUGAAAUCUCGA